UUGCUCUUCUUUACCAGAAGAACUUUGACUUUGUCCCAAAUAUCUGCAAGGGACGAUGAUGCGAAAAGUCGCGAAAAGCAUUACUUUUGCCUUCAAACAAAACAACAAGUUAUGCACUUCAAGGCAAAUAAGUUACGGUGUCCAUAUUGGAAAUCAGCAAAAUGAUCUCAAAGGACAGUACAACAGUGGGCAGCUAUUUAUCCACAAGAAACUUGGAUACAGAGGAGUGGUUUUAUAUCCAUGUCAGGCAAAGAUUUAUGAUGACAGAGAUAUAUCUGUAACACCAGAUGGCAGUCUUGAUGUUAUAAAACUGCCAGCAGAAGAAAUUUAUUACCAAGUGCUUGUAGACCUGGAGGAUACAAGUAUGGAAGGGGCUGGCAAUGAAGAAUGUAUUUUUAUGGCUCAAAAGGGUGAAUUGAAACCACAGAUACUCAAUGGCUUUGGCUUUGUUGCCCAUGAAGACAUGUUACCAUACACAUCAACAGUGUCAGAUUGGCCCGUAGAACAUGCGGAAUUCGAGAAUUUUUUCACAUACAAUUUCAAAGAAGUCCCUAACUGUAGGCCUAGAGCUCAUCUAAAUAACUGGAAGAAAAAAUGUAAAAUGCACCUACAGGAGCCUUUAAAUGUCUAUGUGGCUUGCACUCAUGGAAUUAAGGUCACAGUUAUGCCAUCCCUUGUGGAUGUUAUACCUAUACUAGAUGACCAAAACAAAUAUAUCUGGGUUUAUUGUAUAAGGAUAGAGAACACUAACAAAGAGCAGGUUCAGCUCCGGUCGCGUCAUUGGCAUAUAUCAGGAGGUCCAAAUCAGACUGUAAAUGGAAAAGGGGUUGUAGGGCAGGAACCUAUACUUAACAUGAACAGGCCAACCUUUCAGUACAGAAGUUAUGUGGAACUCCACACUAGUAAUGGUUACAUGUGGGGAGCAUACACAAUGGAGAAGAAAAAUGGAGACAUAAUUAAAGUGAAAAUUCCUGUGUUUCUUUUGAGAACCCAUGAUUUCCUAGAAACAAACUGAGCAAAAGCAUGAAAUUUAGUGACAUGCAAUUUUUGCGGAAGGAGGAAGGGAGCAAAGGUUAAAUUGCAAGAAUUUUUUACA